AUCUCUACCAUAUAUCACUGUGGUGUGAAAGAGACAAACAUAUGACACCUUUACAACAGUCACACGAAUGAGCCAAACAGUGGUGUAACGUUUCUAUUUCUGCUGUUGUGUGCUCGUUUAACAUUCUCCAGUCAGCUAUAGACGUCCUUGCUGGAUUUUCCUGAGUUUUGUUAUUCAUUGCGAAAAAAGACACAAGAAGAAAUAACGGUGUUUUAACGUUGUUCUAUAUAACAAAAGCUACACUGCGAUAUGUUGUUGUUGAUUUAACAUUCGACAUUAACGGUUUGGUUUCUUUGAUUUCUCUCUCUCUCUGUCGCUGUCUCCCUCUCUCAGUGUGAGUGUGUGUGCGUGUGCCUGUUAUACAAAAGGAAGCGAAAUUACAGAGACGAAACACGGAAAAUAAAUAACACGAAAACUAAAAUAGAAAGCAAAAAAACGAAGGAUAUAUCACUGCGUGUAUUGUUUUGGGUUUGAACCUCUAUUGAUUUAAUUGUUGCUGCUAACUAUUUGCUGCCAUUUGAGAGAAUAACCCAUCACUCAACAACUACCUACAACGGAAGAGAAGAACCAAGAAUCGUUAUAUUAUUGUGUUUGUGUGGGUCGUCCGUCGUUUUUUAAACCCAGUUGUUAGUUUGUUCGCGGUUGGUUGGCUUAUCGGUUCAGUGACAACGAUUCGUGCUUGAUUUGUAAUUUUCGAAGAUAUUAUUGUUGGUUGCCUCAAACCGCCGUUUCCUUAAUCCGGUAAAGAAAACUUACUGCAACUACAGCAGAAAAAAAGAAAAGAGAAAAGAAAACCACAAAAGUAAAAGAAACAAAAAACCCACAACAACAACAACCACAAAACAAUUAGUUAACAAUGUCACCCUUUAUGGAAAGAACAUUACUUUUGGUUGCCUUCCUGGCAUGCCUGCAUGUUACAACGGCUCUUAUGUGCUAUGAUUGUAAUAGUGAAUACGAUCGCCGUUGCGGUGAUCCAUUCGAUCCCUAUUCGAUAGGUGAGGUUAACUGCAGCAAACAAGAGCCACGUGAACAUCUUAAGGAUAAGGUACCAGUUUUAUGCCGUAAAACCGUACAAAAGGUUUAUGGUAAAGUACGCAUUGUACGCGGCUGCGGUUAUAUACGUGAUAACAACACAGACGAUGGUGCCUGCCUUAAGCGUUCGGGUACCCAUGACGUACAGGCAACAUAUUGUGCCUGCACCACAGAUUUGUGCAAUCAUGGCACAUCGGUGCUGAACAACAAUAACUAUUUGUUACACCUAAUGCCCUAUACACUAGCUGCCCUCUUCAUAAUGUUCUCGUGUAAACGUAUCAAUCUUCAUUUGCAGCCAACUUCAUAAAUAUUAAUUUGCAACAACAAAAACAAAACCAAAUAAUAGCAAGGACCGGAGCUCUGCAAGCAGAAUUAAGUGGAGGAAGAAAACAGUGCCAGCAGGAAAUACAAAAAAAAGUAAAGAAAACGGAGAUCAGAAAGAGGUAAUAAGAGAAAAGCAAAUAAUACGAAUAAAACUCAAAGAAAAUAACAAAACAAUUACACACAGCUAAGAAAGAAAAAAAAAAACAAAACAAAAACAAACAAAAAAACUAAGAAAAUUUACGCUUGACGAAAACUAAAACAAAAACCAAAGAUAAUAAAAAAAAACAUAAAAGGAAAUAAAUUCAAAAAACGAUAUUGAUGACUAUCUGAAAGUGGAUAUUACAUAAAAAACAACAACAACAAACACAAAACAGAGCCACAAAGAAAAGAAAAACAAAUUAAAGUAACAAAACAACAGCAAAGAGCAAAAGUACGAGCUAGCAUUUGGUUUUAGUCUUGAAUAAUAAUAAAAAUAAUAAUAAAACAAUACCUACGAAUACUUAGUUAAUUGUUAUAAUAAUAAUAAUAAAACCAGAACAGAAGAAAACAAAAGAAUAAGUAUUCAUCUUUGGUUCCGUUGGGGAUAUUCACAGCUUUCAGUUUGUAUAUUGGUUUUAAGACAAAAAUUUCCAAUUCAGUUUUCAAAAUACAACUCUGUAAGUUGAGUUCAUUUUUUUAUAUUUUUCUGUUGAAUUACAAUGAUUUGAUUUGUAUGUGGUUUUGGGUGUGUGUCUAAGGAAGAGGAUUUUCUUUCCAUAAAAGUUGAAAAAAAAAUAUAUUUAAAAAAAAAAACAAAACAAUAGAAAAAACUGCCUGAAAAUUAAAUUUAAAGAACAAGAAACCAAACAACAACAAAUAUUUGUAUUUGUAUGUUACGAUAAUUAUUAAUGUAUUUAUUAUUAUUGUUUAUUUUUUCUCUCUUAAAUUAAGUCUUAUUUUUAAGAAAUUAUGGCUUUUUGGCACUUCACUGAAAUGUGUGCAAAUGUUUGGAGAAAAAAGAAAUGGAAAAUGUGUUAAUGGGAAAAUGUGGUUGUAAGCUUUAAAUUAAUCUAAUUUUUCUCCUGGAGGAUAUAUAUACCGAUUUGGUCCCGUUAUAAAUAAAUAAAUUUCAACAACCACAUCUAGUAUCCAAAGAUAAGAGAUAUUAUUUAAAUUUGAAAAAUUGUAACAAAAAAUUUCACUAGAAAAAAUAAUUAUAUUAUCUGGGGUCGUUCAUAGUUUAUGCGAAAGCCAUAAAUAUCGAAAUCGUAUUUGAAAAUCUUUAAAAUGUUAUAAUUUUCAACACUCCAGUGUGUAGAGUUGACCAAGUCUUUUCGAUGUGUGGCCUGUUGGAGUAAAUCGAAUUGAGCUGUGUUCAGUUAACACAUAAGGGCGGUUCACAGUCCAAGUAUAUUUUCAAAGCUGGGGAACAUUAAUAUGUCAAACAUUUUAAAAUGUUUUUUUUUUUUCAAAAAAAGUAGGUUUUUAUAAGCUUUCUUAUACGACACAAAUCAGAGGUUGUAAUGGUAUGCAUUUUUCAACAAUUUUUACAAAUUUAAAUAAUUUUUUAUUCUUAAGUUUCAAUUUCAAAAAUUUUUUGACAGUUCAUUGUCCCAGCAGCUGUGUCGAUGCGACUACCUGUAUUCUUCUACCAUGACAGAGUUAAAUGUUAUUUUUGUAGAGCUGUGUUCAGUAGACAUAAAGUUUUUAAAUGGUGUUCACACUCUAUCAGCUGGUUUUGAUUAUAUUUCGGCAAAAUGCCAUGUAUCAGUAUCCAUGGUAGAACAAUACAGGAAGAUGCAUCUGCUCUUGGAAACAUUGAUAUGUCAAAGAAUUUAAAUUAUUUUUUUUUUCAAAAUUAAGUAGAUUUUUAUAAGCUUUCUUCUUUCUUUCUUUCCAAUCGGAGGUUGUUAUAAAGUGCAUUUUUCAACAAUUUUUACAAAUUUGAAUAAUUUUUCAUUCAAAAUUUCAAAUUGCAAAAUUGUUUUGACAGUUCAUUGUCCCAGCAGCCGCGUCGAUGAGACUAUCUGUAUUCUUGUACCAUGGUUCAGAUUUAACAAAGUCUUUUCGAUGUGUGGCCUGACAGAGUAAAUAUUGAGCUGUGUUCAGUUAUCACAUAAGGGGGUUCACAGUCCAAGUAUAUUUUACUAUUUACUGGUGAUCUUUAUGAUAUUUUUAUAGAGCUGUGUUCAGUAGACAUACAGUGUUCUAAAGGGGGUUCACACUCAAUCAACAGGAUCUACAAGAAAAUAUCAGAAGAGUAUUUUCAUUAAAUAAAAUGUGUUCUUGUCCUUUUCAGAGACAUAUUUGGCUCAGUUCCCAAUCCAAUACUCUGUAUUCAGUAGACAUAAAAACUUCUAAAGCGUAUUCACACUCAAUCAACAGGAAAAUUUCGGGAAAAUGUCAUGCAUCAGCAUCAGUAAAGUAAUGAUCAUUAAGAAAAUAUCAGAGGAGUAUUUUCAUUAAAUAAAUCGAGCUCAUGGACUUUUCAGAGUUGGAUUUUUCCCAAUCCAAUACUCUUUUGUUAUUGUCAAGUAUAUUUUAUGUAAGACUCUACAUAGCAUUAUGCUUUUAUGAUAGAGCUGUGUUUAGCAAACACAGAAGUUUUAAGGGGUUUUCAGAUUGGUGUUAUUUUUCGGAAAAAUGACAACAAGCGAUUUGGAAAACGUUCCAAAAUUUAAUAUAUCUAAAAAAUUCUUAUUAAAAUUCAUUUGGUAGUGCCCAUAAAUUAUGGGCGACUCUAACCUUUUCGGAGUUGGAAUUGUCUCAGAUGCCAAUCCAAUACUCUUUUGUGAUUGCCGAGCAUAUUUUAUGUAAGACUUUAUAAAGCAUCGUGCUUUUUUUGAUAGAGCUGUGUUGAGUUAACACAAGGAGUUUUAAAGGGUGUUCACACUCAACCAACAGUUUGAGGUUAUUUUUUCGGGAAAACGUUAUGAAUUAGUUUCUGGAAACAGUAACAAUUCAGUGUAUUUAGUUUUGGUAAGGAUCAGACGAGGAUUUUCAUUGGUCUUUUCGUUUUGAAAAAAGUUCCAAAAAUUGGAAUUAUCUCAAAAAAAAAAAAAAAAAAAAAAAAAAAUUAUGGGCGGCCUUAGGCCUUUUCAGAGUUGAAUUCGGCUCAGUUCCCAAUCUAAUAUUCUUUUGUGAUUGCCAAAUAUAUUUUAUGUAAGACUUUAUAUAACAUCGUGCUUUUUUUUGUAGGGCUGUGUUGAGUAAACACAAGGAGUUUUAGAGGGUGUUCACACUCAACAAACAGAUUGGGGUUAUUUUUCGGAAAAAUUACAUGAAUCAGUUUCUGAAAACAGUUACAUUUCAGUAUUGCACAUAAAUUAUGGGCGACGCUAGGCCUUUUCAGAGCUGGAUUUGAGUCAGUUCCCAAUCCAAUACUCUUUUGUGAUUGCCAAGUAUAUUUUAUGUAAGCAUUAUGCUUUGUUUUUUGAUAGGGCUGUGUUGAGUAAACACGAGAAGUUUAAAGGGUGUUCACACUCAACAAACAGAUUUGGGUUAUUUUUGCUGAAAAUGUCAAAAAUCAGUUACUGGAAACAGUAACAUUUGAAAAACGUUCCAUAAUUUUACUUUUUUGAAAAAAAAAAAAAAUUUUUUCUUUCCGAAAUUCUUUUCUCACAUAAAUUAUGGACGACUCUAGGAAAGUCAAUGCAAAAAAUAUAAUAGUAAUGAGUAACAAAAAAACUAAAGUUCCAAUUAGGGUUCCCCACAAUGCCAUACAUACAUACAUACACAUAAAAAUGGGGGUUAAACAUUACAGAUAAAAAGUGGGGAAUAUAUAAACCUAAGAUAAGGUAAAUUUUUUUGUAAUAAAUCCAAAAAAUAGACAAAUUUUCAAAUAAAUAUACCACACACACAUUUGUUGCAGGCGCUCCACCAUCCAAGGUGAAGUAGGAUGAAUGUACCCGUUAUAAUACUCGUAAUACAUACAUACAUAAACAAAAUUAUAUCUAAUUUGUAAUUACAAAAAAAAAAACGUAACUCAAUAAAUUGUGUAUUUAGUAGUAAAUUGAACACUCUCUCUAAAUGCAAGGACAACACACGUACAGAAAACAUGCAGCAUAACACAGUUUCUUUUUUUUUAGUUUUUUCAAAUUACACUUUUCAAUAUUCAAAAAAAAAAAAAAAAAAAAAAAAAAAAUUAUAACUAUUUUUUUUUUGAAUUUUGUGUUUUUUCUUCAUUUCUAUUCUAGUACUAAUUACACAUUCAAUUUCUUAAUAAAACUGCAAAACAGUUUCACACAGUUUUUAACACUAACUCUCUCUCUAUAAUUCAUCGAACUUAAAUUUCUAUGAAAUCUUAACAGAAAAAAUAAAACAAGAAAGUAUAAAGAAAAAAAAAUCCAAACGUACAUAUACAUACAAAAAAAAAAAAUAAAUAAAUAAAAUACAGACGUUAUUACCAUAAGAAUAAAAUCUGAAAAAAAAUAUUUAUAAAUAAAGAAUUAAAUAUCUUCCUAUGACAAACCCAUAAACAUCAAGAAAUACCAUAAAAUAAAAACCAAAAAUCCAAAAAAAAAAAAAAAAAAAACGAAAGAAAGGAUACAUGUUAAAUGUCAUAGAUUAUAUUUAUUAUUAGAGCAGGACAAAUACUUAUUUCAAUAAAAAUCUAAAAAAAAAAAUCUUCUAACAAAAAUAUGUUUUUUUCUUUCAAAAUUUUAUUUACACAUAUUUCAUGUCAUAACCACAUGCCUAUAUUACACAUAAAAAACAAAGAAUAAAUAAAAAAACACUGCAAAAAAAGAAAACAAAAGGAAUGCCUAUGAUAGAAAAACAAGUUUAAAUAACAAAGGAUAUAGAUAAAUAUUUUCGGAAAUUUAUAAGUGCAAUUAUAUAUAUGGGAAAGAUUAAGUAUUUUUAAAUUUAAGUUUAAAACACACACACACAUUAAGUAUUUUUUUUUAAUUUUAAAUGGUAUUAUGUUGGUAUUGUUGUUAUAAGUUAAAAACAUGUUGUUAUAAUUGAGCAGUAUUCUAUUUAAAUAUAUUUCAAAACUAACAAUGUUAAAAUUUUUAUCAAAAAAAUGUUAAGUUUUAACGAUACAAGGCGAAAUUUGUCCUUAAAUUUAACUAAAAUACAACAAAAGUGCUAAAUUUGCAUUAUUCAAAUAACAAUUUGUUGAGUGGCCAGGCCCCUUCAUAACUAAGCUUUAACAUAUUGCAGUGUGUGAACAUGAUCACAGCACAAAACAAUUUUCUUAUCUUUUUCUUGUAAAAAAUCUUAAACUAAUAACGGGAUUCACAUGUUUUUUAAAGUGUCCUGGCCACAUAUCGAUUUUUGAUAUAAAUUUUAGUAGAAUAAUCAUUAUUAACUAAAAUUUACUUUAUAGAGCAUGUGAACGCCUUUUUAGGUUUCAGAACCAGAGAGAAAAAUAAAUAAUUAUUCCAAAUUCAUUUAAACUAUUUAAUUUGAUGCGUGGCCAGGACAUUUUAUGAUGCAUGGCUCUCAUAUUAAAGCAGGUGAUCCCCAUUUUAGAUUGCAGAACGUGAGAGAAAAAUAUGUAAUUAGUCUAUAAACAUUUAAAUUAAAAUUUGAUAUGUGGCCAGGACACUUUAUGGCUCAUAACCUCCAUAUUAAAACAUGUGAACUCCUUUAUACCUAGAGAGAAAAAUAAGUAAUUACUCUACAAAAAUGUAAACUUUAAUUUGAUAUGUGGCCAGGACACUUUAUGGCUCAUAUCCCUCAUAUUAAAACAUGUGAACCUCUUUUAUGAUUGGAAACCAAGAGAGAAAAAUAAGUAAUUAUUUUACAAAAAUGUGUACUAAAUUUGAUAUGUGGCCAGGAAACUUUAUGAAGCACGACGCUCAUUUUAAAGCAUGUGAACCCCAUAUUAGAUUUCAGAGCGAGAGAAAAAAAUAAAUAAUUAUUCUACAAAAUUUUAAAAUUCCAUUUGAUAUGUGGCUAGGACAAUUUAUGGGUUAUAGACCUCAUGUUAAAACAUUGGAUACCUAGAGAGAAAAAUAAGUAAUUAUUUUACAAAAUGAGUUUGAUAUGUGGCAGGACUCUUUGUGACGUAUGACUCUCAUAUUAAAGCAUAUGAACCUCAUUUUAGAUUGCAGGCAGAAAGAGAGAGGGAGAGAGAGAUAAAAAAAAUAAUUAUUUACAAAAUAUUACAGUUUGAUAUGUGGCCAGGACACUUUAUGGCUCAUAACCCUCAUGUUAAAACAUGUGAACCCCACUUUUAGAUUGCCGAACAAAAGAGAAAAUGGUCGUGUUAUAUUCACGAACUUCGUACAAUAUCGUUUUUGGCUAUGUUCAAUAGUCACAAAGCAACUAAGUGGGUUCACAUGCACAUUCGUAAAACAAUAUGGAAACCCAUAUUGAUAAUAUUUACAUCACAAUGGUAGAAUGAAUGCUGGAUUUUUGGCUAGGUCCUUUUUCAAAAAUAAAACGUAUAAACAAAAAGGCAUCCGGUUUUUCUUUUAAAAAAUGACUUCAAGUAAACCGGUGUAGUCUGUGUUGAAUAGUUACAAAGUAAAUAAUUAUUCUACAACAAUUCAAAUAUAAAUUUGAUAUGUGGUCAGGACACUUUAUGAUGCAUUAACUUUAUAUUUAAACAUGUGAAACCCAUUUAAGUUUCCCGAACGUGAGAGAAAAGGCUGUGCUAUAUUCACCAACUUCGUACAAGAUCGUUUUAUGCUAUGUUAAAUAGACACAAAGAAACGAAGUGGGUUCACAUGUACCAAAAUAAAAUUUAUUGAAACACAUAUUGAUAAUAUUUACAACAAAAUAUUGGAAAAUCUGUUUCAUAUGUGGUUUGGUUUUUUUAACUAUAAAUAUCAAAAAUGAAGACCAACGGAGCCGUUCAUUGAACACAAGGAAAAUAGAAAAUAAAUUCAUUUAUUUCGUGCAAGAUCUUUUUGGGCUAUGUUAAAUAGUCACAAAGAAACUAAAGGGGGCUCACAUGGGCAGCCGUAAAAACGAUGGGAACAUAUAUUGAUAAUAUUUACAUCACAAUUUUUAACUAUAAAUCGCAUAAAGCAACGUCAAGACCAAGAGAGAACGAUGACUUUUUUUUAAGUCAUUUUAGCUGCGUUCAUUGAUCACAAUGGGGUAAAUAAUUGAAUUAAUAGAUACUCAUUCUAUAAAGUCGUCACAAAGUUAUUGGCAUAAUAUAACAAAAUGCCGUUGAAUUUUUGACAAGUGAGUAGCAAAAGAAACAUUUCAAGAAAACUGAAUUUUUCCAUUAAUUUUUUUAUUAAAUUUUAUAUUUUCCUUUUUUUACCUCAAGGUCACACAAUGACAAAAUUCUCGUUGCCCUUUUCAAUAUAUUGCAUGUCUUCAACAAAUUUUAUUGUUGCAAGAAAAUAGCUUUUUUCUUAUAUGAGGGGUGCCGCCAUGGCAACAAAUCGUCUGGAAUUUAUGACUCAAUGGAGACAAAGAACGACCUUUUAGGAAAUAUUUAAUUAAUAAUAGUUUUAAUGUGAUUAUGAAAGCUAAAACGAAACACACACAUAACAAAUUCAGUGGAUUUCAACUGUCAAUUCCUUUGCGUAUAUGUCAAAUGAAAUCCCAUGGCUUUGAAAGUCGAUUUUAUUUGACUUAUUGAUAGUUGAAAUAAGCACGAUUUAGUAAGUGUAAACGUACCUUAAGCUAGAAGCAGUGAAUUAUCAAGUGUGUUAUGGGAAAUUUUGAUCAGUUGAUUUUUUAAUGUCUUCUGAUCGAUCCCCAAGUUGGAGUGAUAAUGUGAUGUAAUAAAAUUUGAGUUCGAGAUUGCCAGAUUAUUUGUAUUUGACAAAUCGUUUGUCUACUCACUCCACUGAUUUUAGGUCUCAACCGCAAUUUUCACUAAAAGAUUUCGUAUUUUGGAAAAUAUUUUGGAAUAAUAUGUUUCCCUUCCUUUUUUGCUGUCAGCUGCCUUGGUUUAAAUCUACAUGUAUUUACAAAUGAACGUUUCGUCCAGAAACUGGAUAGGUUCUUUUUACCAUUUUUGAAAUGCAAAUUGAUUUCAAUUACAGCUGAUCAUAAAGAGCUGUGUUUAGUAACCACAUACUUCAAGUAAGAGGGUUUCGCACUGCAACUAAGGGGGUUUCGCACGUUUCAAAUACAAAUGCAGAAGAAAUAUUUCUCAUCUUUUAUCAAACGCCUUGUAUUCGUGGCUUUUUAUUAAAAAUUUUAGUUGUACAUAAAAGAUUGUCAAAAUGUGUUAUUGUUUGUUUUUUUUAAAUAAAUUUAAUAAUAAAGAAAAUAUUUAAAUAAAUUAUACAAGAAAAAAAAAUCACAUUCCACGCCAUAAAACAUUCAUUGCAAAAAAGAAAAAAAAAACGGAUAUGUAUUGUUUGUUAAUGGUCUGUCUUACAAAAAAAAAAAAAAAACAAGAACUAAAUAAUACUAUAAAAAAUAAUAUUUCAAAACUAGAAAAAUAUAUAAAUUAAAAAAAAUAAUAAUAAUACAAUAAUAAAUCAAAUCUAUAUGAAAAAAAGAGAAAAAAAUAAAAACUUCAUUAACUUGUAGAUAAUCUAUUUAAUUUUUAGUACAUAAAAAACCGAAAAACCAAUUAAUUAUGUUAAAAAAAACAACAAAGAAAAUUAAACACUAGCCGAACAACAACAAAAAAUCUCAUAUUUAUAAAUAAUAAGUAAGAAAAAAAAAACACUAAAUAAAAAAGUUAAAAUGAUAGACAAAAAGGAAGAGUUCUUUAAUAAAAUAAUAAUAACAAAUACUUAAUAUAAACUUUAAGAAAUUAAUGACAACUCUUUAACUAGAUAAUAUGAAAAAAAUAUAAGAAAAUUAAAAUAAAAUUUGUUAAAAACAAAGCAAUGAGUUAAAGAAAAAAAACAAACUUAAAAUUAUUAAUUAUAUUAAAUGCAAAUUCCCCCCAAAAAAAGAAAUCAUUAUUACAAAUAUAUAUUUACGUGUAACAGGACACGCUUAAAAUCAUCAUUUCAUACACUCCGCCCCUCCUUGGAAAAGAACAAAAAAAAAACAAACAUUAUUUAAACUAUUUACGCAUAAAUAAACAACAACAACAAUAAAAAACACAUAAUGCGUAAAACCAUAUCAUGAGCUUUGCUUAAAAAUCAACUUUUUGGUCGAACAAAUACUUAAAAGAAAACCAUUAACCAAACAAACAAAAAACAAAAAAACGCAAUAAUCAAAAAACCAAAAAAAUUGCUAAAAAAUAUUUUUAAAAACCUUUCCCCAACAAAACUAAUAAAAACAACAACAACAAACAAAAUGCAACAACACUGCUACAAAAACCCAACAAAUUUGUUCGUUUUUUAAUUUAAAUUUAAAUAAGUUUUUAACAAAGACACUCCAAUAACCACUCCAAUAAAUUAAAAAAAAAAAUGAAAACAGAAAAAGAAACUGACAAGCUUCGACAAACGAGAUCAUCAC